AUGGCUCAGGUUUGCGCCAUUUGCGCUGGUCAUUACCGUCUCGCUGGAUGGUUUUUCCGAGAUGGGACACAACAACGGUUACGGACAUUGUCAGACAUGACACAGUCGCGCCCUCAGUGGCGCUUGUACGUCCAAGCUAUUACCUUCAAUACACAGCUCCCUUCAAAUCUCUCCAAUGGAAAGUACACUGACAUCCCUGUGUUGAUGCAUCAACUAGAUCAGCUACCGCCUCCAAUGCACAACUGCCUACCUUACCUCCUCGAAUCACCGAUGAACAAAACUGUGGCAGCUAAAACCACUGUACGACAAUUUCUGUUUAACCACACCAUAAACAGCGCGGAGGAAUCCUAUCGAUCAAUGAGACCAGCGGAUGCCAAACAGUAA